AUGUUACUAGACUCGUUUGAUGAAAACCACUUCAACGCUGCCCACCACCACUUGAACUAUUUUUAUAGCCAGUACAACGACCCGCGUCUUUCAACCAAAUACCUUUCGGCCUUGUCGGUCGUGGGGCAUUUCUGCUCAUUUCGAGUUCAACGUUGCAGUAUGCUGUCCUUACGAGCUUUGAAGACUUUGCGACUUCAGUACAUCACUCGGAAGUGUUUAUAUACUUCAGCAUUACGCUAUCAAAACCCUACCUCCAGUGAACCGUUUUUAAAUGGAACUUCAUCCAAUUAUUUAGAAGACAUAUAUGAAGCAUGGCUUCGAAACCCUGAUAGUGUGCACAAGUCAUGGGACAUUUAUUUUAAAUGUUUAGCUUCUGGAGCUGCCCCAGGAAAUGCUUACGUUCAACCACCUACUUUGGGUAAAGAAGGUUUGAAAUUGGCACAGUUAGCCCCACAAAUCGCUGCACAGGCAGUGACACCGAGUCUUAAAGCUAUUGAAGACCACCUCUGUGUUCAGGCCAUAAUCCGUUCGUAUCAAUCUCUAGGUCAUCGCAUCGCCGAUCUUGACCCAUUGGGGAUAUUGUCUGCCGAUCUGGAUGAUUCUAUACCCCCCGAGUUGUCGUUGAGUUUCUACAACCUUGGCGAGCCCGACCUGGAUAAGACGUUUAGGCUUCCACCUACCACACACAUCGGAGGUGAUAAGCAGGAACUUACUCUACGAGAAAUCAUUAGGCGUUUAGAGAAUGUUUACUGCAAACAUAUUGGUAUUGAGUAUAUGUUUAUUAAUAGUUUAAAUAAAUGUGAUUGGAUAAGACGUAAAUUUGAAACACCCGGUUCAAUGGAUUUAUCAAUUGAAGAGAAACGUUUAAUAUUAGCUCGUCUUGUUCGUUCAACGCGUUUCGAAUCAUUUUUAGCAAAGAAAUGGAGUUCAGAAAAACGUUUUGGACUUGAGGGAUGUGAAGUUUUAAUACCAGCAAUGAAAGCUGUCAUUGACUCUUCGUCUGCGCUUGGUGUUGAAAGUUUUGUAAUUGGAAUACCACAUCGUGGAAGGUUAAACGUUCUAGCCAACGUUUGUCGUAAACCUUUGGAUGAUAUAUUUUGUCAGUUCGACUCUAAAUUGGAAGCUUGUGACGAAGGUAGUGGUGAUGUGAAAUAUCAUUUAGGCAUGAGUCAUCAACGAUUAAAUCAUAUGACAGGCAAGAUGAUUAAUCUUGCAGUAUGUGCUAAUCCAAGUCACUUAGAAGCUGUUUGUCCGGUCGCUCAAGGUAAAACCAAGGCUGAACAAUUUUAUCGGGGUGAUAGUGAUGGAAAGAAAGUUAUGUCGAUUUUAAUUCAUGGAGAUGCAGCAUUCAGUGGUCAAGGUGUUGUUUAUGAAACUUUCCAUCUUAGUGAUCUACCUUCUUAUACAACUAAAGGUACCGUUCAUAUUGUCGUUAAUAAUCAGAUUGGUUUUACCACUGACCCUCGUAUGGCUCGUUCAUCACCAUACUGUACUGAUGUUGCUCGGGUAACGAAUUCACUUAUUCUUCAUGCAAAUGCUGAUGAUCCUGAAUCAGUCAUGCAUGUUGCAAAAGUUGCUGCUGAAUGGCGAUCUGAAUUCGGAAAAGAUGUUGUGAUUGACCUUGUCUGUUAUCGCCGUUCAGGUCAUAAUGAAAUGGAUGAGCCAAUGUUUACUCAACCACUUAUGUAUAAACGUAUUCGUGAACAACCAACUGUAUUAGAACAAUAUAGUAAGAAGUUAAUUGAUAGUGGAAUUGUCACUGAACAGGAAUUUAAGGACGAAGUGGCUAAAUAUGAUCAGAUAUGCGAAGAUGCUUAUGAAUUAGCUAAAAAACGGACAGUUACACAUAAUCGUGCUUGGAUUGAUUCUCCAUGGCAUAAUUUCUUCGAAAAUAAAAAUCCAAUGUAUUUACCUAAUACGGGAGUCGAAAACGAUGUCUUAGAACAUAUUGGUCACGCAAUUAGUGAACCUCCUGAAGGUAUGAUUAUUCAUCCAGGUUUGAAACGUGCACUCAAGGAGCGCAAAGAUUUAUUAGAACAGAAAACAGCUAAUUGGGCUCUUGGUGAAUUGUUUGCUUAUGGAUCAUUGCUAAGAGAGGGUGUUCACGUUAGACUAUCAGGUCAAGAUGUGGAACGUGGAACAUUUUCACAUCGACAUUGUGUUUUACACGAUCAGGAAGUCGAUAAGAAAACAUAUGUUCCGCUUAACCAUCUCUAUCCUACACAAGCACCAUUUACUGUAUGCAACUCGAGUUUAUCUGAAUACGCAGUAAUGGGCUUUGAGUUGGGUUACUCAUUGACAAACCCUGAAGCUCUCGUUAUAUGGGAAGCUCAGUUUGGUGAUUUUAACAACACUGCUCAAUGUAUAAUUGAUCAGUUUAUUUCUUCUGGUCAACAAAAAUGGGUACGUCAAUCAGGAAUAGUUCUUUUGCUUCCACAUGGUUAUGAAGGUAUGGGUCCAGAACAUUCUAGUGCACGUAUCGAACGAUUCUUGCAGAUGAGUAAUGAUGAGGAAAAUCAUGUCCCUGUUUAUAGUGAUAAUUUCGUCAUGCAACAGUUACAUGAUACAAAUUGGAUUAUUGCAAACUGUACUACACCAGCGAAUUUCUUCCAUAUUUUACGACGACAAAUUCUGCUACCGUUCCGUAAACCACUGAUUGUCUUCACUCCCAAGUCAUUAUUACGCCAUCCGGAUGCAAGAUCGCCGUUCUGUGAUAUGCUUCCAGGCUCAGAGUUCCAACGCUAUAUUCCUGACAGUGGUCCAGCUUCACACAAACCUGAAAAUGUGAAAAAAUUAAUUAUUUGCAGCGGCAAAAUUUAUUAUGAAUUAGAUAAAGAACGCAGAUCGAUUAAUCGAGAGGCAGAUAUAGCUAUUAGCCGAGUAGAACAAUUGACUCCUUUUCCAUAUGAUUUGAUUCAACAAGAUUUAGAACGUUAUCCAAAUGCUGUUAUUCAGUGGGUACAAGAGGAGCAUAAAAAUAUGGGACCAUGGAGUUAUGUACAACCAAGAGUUAAUCAUUUAAUAUUUAGAACAAUGCCUAAUCGUCUUCACAAUAAAAUUUUAUAUGCCGGUCGACAACCUAGUGCUGCUACAGCUGCUGGGAAUAAAGCAAUGCACUUGAUGGAGAUCUCUCAUUAUUUGAAAAAUGCCCUGUCAUUAUCUUAG